AUGCUGAGUCUACACACACUGCAGUGCGGACGUCUCCGCCUCGCGGGACCUGUCCUACACUGCAGAGCAGCAGCAGCAGCAACAUCAUCAUCAGCAGCAGCAACAUCAUCAUCAGCAGCAGCAACAUCAGCAGCAGCAGCAGCAACUGCAGCAGCAGUCCCUCUAUGUUACCACUGCAGACUCUGGCAUUUUCACUACACUGCUCCUUCUGCAACAGUAACAGCAGCAGCAGCAGCAGCAGCUAAUGCUGCUGCUGCUGCACCGCGUGCUGCAGUUGCUCUUCAAAGGCGCGCUCUGCAUGCAGCAGCAAGAGAAGCAGCAGCAGCAGCAAAAGCAGAAACAGCAGCAGCAAAAGCUCCAGAAGCAACAACAACGGCAGCAGCAACAGAAACAGCAGCAGCAGCAGCAGCAAGGGAUAAAGGAGGAGGCAGCAGGCUUUAUACUGUUGCUGCUGCUUCUCGUCAGUUUGCUGCUGCAGUGCCGCUGCAGCUGCUGCGGUCUGCAGCAGGAGCAACAGAAGAAGAAGCAGCAGCAGCAGACUUCUCUCCUCUCCGUGCUAUAUGGAGACGCUGCGUGCUGCAGCAGCAACAACAGCAACAGCAGCAGAAACAGCAGCAGCAGCAGCUGGAGUUGGGUAAUGAUGACGAUCCCCUAACCCUUGAACACAUUUGCCUUCUUCUCGAAGGUUGUGUUGCUGCUAAUAUGAGGGAGUAUUGUAUAUCAUCAGCUAUAUUAAGUUUAGGUGCAACAGCAGCAGCAGCAGCAGCAGCAGCAGCAGCAAACCCUAACACGGUGCUGCAGUUCCUCCCACGGUUAUUAGCGUCUAUGUGGGACGUGUGGGACAUUUGUGCUGUUGCUGAGGCAUUUGCUGCUCAGCGCAUGCCUUCUGCUGCUGUUGCAGCAGCAGCAGAAGCUGUGCUGCAGCAGCAGCAGCAACAGAAGAAGCAACAGCAGGCUUUGCCGUUUGCUGCUGCAGCUCGUCUGCUGCUGGCCUUCGCUCAGCUGGACAUACACAAGGCCUCUUUGCUGCAGCAGCUGCAGCAGCACAUUAAGCAGCAUCUCCAGCAGCAACAGAAGCAGCAGCAGCAGCAGCAGCAGCAGCAGCCGGCUCUGCUGCAGCGCGAAGAAGCCCUUGCUCUGGGUGCAGCAGCAGAAGCAGCGCUGCUGCUGCAUCACCAGCAGCAGCAGGAGCAGCAGGCGCAGACAGAAUGGGGCUCCCUGCUGCUGUCUUGCAUAGAGAGCCUGAGGAGUUCUGGAAGCAUCCAUCCCAUGCUCGACUCCACAGGCAAAUCCUCCUUUGCCGUCUGGCGCUACGCACCCUGGAUCGACCAAGUUACGAAAUCCUCGAUGGCAAAACUCGGACUUUUCUUCUUUAGCGCCAUCUUAACAAAGCUUCGUAUAGCCCAUCAGAUAUACCCAAUGCGAGGAAUUCUUUGCUUUGAUAUAUUAGAAAGAGAUCGUAAACUUUGUUGGUCUUGUGAUUCUCUUGAUCGUUUUUAUGUUGUUCGUCUUCAAGAGAAGAUAGGCAAGGAGGACUCGCAUAGAAUUUGUGCGGAUGAGUCGAUACUACGCGCUACAAGACCGAAGGGAAAUAAAUUUAGAGUUUGA